AUGACUGGGCUCAGAAAAGGGGUAAACAGGAGGAAAGUCAUGUGGGCAUUUUUAGAUAUCAACUUGCUCUUGCUCAUGUGUUUCAUGUUGUUGUAUUCCUACGUUUCUUCUACUGUGUCCUCCCCUCUUUAUUCCUCCUCCUGCCGGUUACAGGGACAGUUUCAUCUAAAUGGGAUGCACAAGGCUGGAGAUGUUGUUCUAGGUGGACUGUUCGGGAUCCACUUCUUCUCUGUCUUUCCUGACCUGUCUUUUACUUCAGAGCCACAACAGCCUACCUGCCACGGUUUUGAUGUUCUAGGAUUCAGGCAGGCACAGACCAUGGCCUUUGCUAUUGAUGAGAUAAACAGAAACUCCAACCUGCUACCUAAUGUGACUCUGGGAUACAGUCUUUAUGAUAACUGCAUCAAACUAGGAAUUGGAUUCCGUGCAGCGUUGUCCUUAGUCAGUGGUCAAGAGGAGCAGUUUAUAUUAGACAAGAACUGUGUAGGAACCCCCCCAGUCCUGGGAAUUGUGGGUGAUUCUAUCUCUACAAGUUCUAUUGCCAUCUCCUCUGUCUUAGGUUUGUACAGAGUACCUAUGGUGAGUUAUUUUGCCACAUGUUCCUGCCUGAGUGACCGGCAAAAGUUUCCAUCCUUCUUUAGGACGAUCCCAAGUGAUGCUUUCCAGGUGCGUGCUAUGAUUCAGAUUCUAAAACACUUUGGCUGGACUUGGGCAGGUCUGCUGGUCAGUGAUGAUGAUUAUGGACUCCACGCUGCCAGAUCCUUUCAAUCUGACUUUGUUCAGUCUGGUGGAGGUUGUCUGGCCUACUUCGAGGUUUUGUCCUGGGGCAAAGACCCAGCUGAACUAAUGAGGAUUGUGGAUGUGAUGAAGAAAUCUACAGCUCUUGUGGUCAUUGUAUUUGCACAUGAGAGUUACAUGAUUAAUCUCAUGGAAGAGGUUGUGAGGCAGAAUGUGACAGGCCUGCAGUGGAUGGCCAGUGAAGCUGCGAUAGCAGGUAUUGUGUUCCACACCCCCCACCUCAUGCCUUACCUGGGUGGCACACUGGGCAUCGGCAUCCGUCGAGGAGAAAUAGCAGGGCUCAGGGAAUUCCUCUCACGAAUACGUCCUGACCUACACCACAACAAUGUCUAUGGAAAUAGCAUGGUGAAACAGUUUUGGGAAUACACAUUUCAGUGUAGAUUUGCACCACUUCCAGCAGGUUGGGUGGAAGCUGGGGGAGCAUUAUGCACUGGACAGGAAGAUCUAGAGAAUGUGGAGACUGAGUUCUUGGACAUUUCAAAUCUCAGGCCGGAGUACAAUGUGUACAAGGCUGUCUAUGCUCUGGCGUAUGCCCUUGAUGAAAUGCUGCAGUGUGAGCCAGGGAGAGGGCCUUUCAGUGGGCACAGCUGUGCCACUUUGCAAAGACUGGAGCCAUGGCAGCUUAUGUAUUACAUGGAAAAGGUCAACUUCACCACACCAUUUGGUGAUCAAGUGUCAUUUGAUGAGAAUGGUGAUGCCCUACCAAUCUAUGAUAUCAUGAACUGGCUGCGGCUCCCUGAUGGAAGAACGAGACUUCAGAAUGUGGGUGAGGUUAAGAGGUUGGCCUUCAAAGGUGAAGAACUCACAAUUGAUGAAGACAAAAUCUUCUGGAACUUUGAAUCAAAAAAGCCACCCCAGUCAGUGUGCAGUGAGAGCUGUCCUCCAGGUACCCGCAUGGCCAGAAAGAAAGGGGAACCUGUGUGCUGUUUUGACUGCAUCCCUUGUUCUGAGGGAAAGAUCAGCAAUAAGACUGACUCCAUGGAGUGCACCAGUUGUCCAGAGGAUUUGUGGUCCAGCCCCCAGCGUGACUACUGUGUUCCUAAGAAAACGGAGUUCCUAUCCUACCAUGAACCUCUGGGUAUCUGCUUGACCGCCACCUCUUUGCUGGGCACAUUUAUCUGUGCUGUUGUCCUGGUGAUCUUUAUCUAUCAUCACAGUACACCUAUAGUACGCGCCAACAAUUCAGAACUGAGUUUCCUGCUCUUGGUGUCACUUAAACUAUGUUUCCUCUGCUCACUGCUGUUUAUCGGCCGCCCCAGGCUGUGGACAUGCCAGCUGAGACAUGCAGCAUUUGGGAUCAGCUUUGUGCUUUGUGUCUCAUGCAUCCUGGUGAAAACCAUGGUGGUUCUGGCUGUUUUCAAGGCCUCCAAGCCAGGAGGUGGAGCCAGUCUGAAGUGGUUUGGUGCUGUGCAGCAGAGAGGGACAGUUAUUGUUCUUACUUCUCUUCAGGCGUCAAUCUGCACUGCCUGGCUCGUCUCUUCCUCACCAUCUCCUCAUAAAAACACUCAAUACCACAAUGACAAGAUAGUUUAUGAGUGUGUGGUCGGGUCCACAGUUGGUUUUGCAGUGUUACUGGGCUAUAUUGGUUUACUGGCUAUCCUCAGUUUUCUGAUUGCAUUUAUAGCAAGGAAUCUUCCAGAUAGUUUCAAUGAGGCCAAACUCAUUACUUUCAGCAUGCUGAUCUUCUGUGCUGUGUGGGUGGCCUUUGUUCCUACAUACAUUAGCUCACCAGGCAAAUAUGCAGAUGCAGUGGAGGUAUUUGCCAUCCUGGCCUCCAGUUUUGGUCUCUUGGUAUCACUGUUUGGACCCAAAUGUUACAUAAUCCUUCUGAGACCAGAGAGGAACACAAAGAAAGCAAUCAUGGGUCGAGGCAUCCAGUCAUAAAAACUGCCCUUAAAUUUCAUAAGACAGAAUGAAUUAUUUUUCUCUAUACAAUAGAAAAACACAAGCAGAAAAGUAGGUUAAUAGUAAUAGCAAUGUUAAGAUAUUGGGAAAGCAGGGCUGUUGCCAAAUAAACGUAUUUGAAUAUGAUCUUCUUAGCACCUGGAUCAUAUGUUUGUGAAUACUUAUACAAGAAGUUAUUCUCUUUUUCAGGACGUAGUUAAAGUACAAAAGUUACUUUCUCUGAUUAAAUUUAGUUUAGUUUAGUCUCAAAACCCAAGCCUGACAUCAUCAGGGUUAUUUUUUCAGACUUUGGAAUCCAGAGCUGGAAUAGAAGUCACACUAUUGCUUUCGCAGGCUGAGUAGUACUUUCUGUGAUAUGUAAACUAAAGAGAGAGGAAAACAACACGUAACAAAGGUCCCCAGCCGGACAUUGCGGUUCAUGGUCUGUGCCUUAAAUCCCUAGCUACUAAAAACAUAUAAUUCAUCAAAAUUGAAAAUAAAUUUUGGAGUAGUCUGAGUGUCCAUCCCUGCCAUCAAGCCACCAAAACUGCUCUUUGUGAAUUUGCCAUACUGUAAGAGGUGGUCUAAACACCUCUGAGGCAGAAACGAAAGUAUAUGUAAUCCAUUGUCAACAUGACGUGGCACUUUUGCCUCCACAACCACACCUGACUGAUACUAAGUAGACCUAAUUUGCUAUGAAUUCUGGCUAAAUUAAGACUUUUUCAAAUUCUAAAAUCAUUGCUGAUGCUCAGCUCUGUUUGCUGAGCUACAUUUGAAGUUUUGCAUGUUCUUGUCUUUAUUUCAGAUGUACCCAGGGAACUUAUUUUGGGGGGUUUUAAAACUUGUUUUGUUUUGUUCUGUGCAACUUGGAGUACUUAUGUAUUUGCUUGUGUUUUCUCUAUUUGCUGCAUCUUUUUAUAUUUUCUUUUGAUGCAGUCCAUUGAGCUCUCAUGGCGACUGUAAUAAAUAGUAUUUUUUCUUCAUGA